AUGCUCGAAUUCAGGUAUCUAGUUCACUUUGAAAACGACAACGGGGACCAGUUCUUCGCCAACGGUGAUUCCCCAGACCCUGUCAUAGGAGGACAAAUAGCAGCGUAUCGAUCGUUUGACGACCUGCGGGAGGGUAAAGGGGCAGUCAAUACCGCAAUCGCCAAGGUACUUAAAACUACUUCACUCCUGAAUGCCUACCUAUUGUGUGAUACCUACUCACAACAACAUACAGCUUCUCCCCCUCUGCCUGCUCAAGGGUUACCGAUCUAUUGCGUAGGACUUAAUUACAAGAGUCAUGCGAAAGAAGCGAAUCUUAAGGUGCCAGCCAAUCCGCCAGUAUGGACGAAGCCCGCCGCUGCGCUGGCGAGCCCAAACGAGGAAAUCGUUAUGAACCGGUUUUGUGCAUCUAAUUUGCCGGACUGGGAGGGGGAGCUUUGCUUUGUCACUUCGCGGGAGUGUCGCGAUCUAUCUCCCGACGAAGCAUCAUCAUGUAUCCUGGGCUACGUAAUUGGGAACGACCUUUCUUGUCGCUUCUUCCAGCUACCUGAGCAGUCUGGUGGUCAGUUCUUCUACGCUAAAGCUUUUGACAAGUUCGCACCCCUGGGGCCUGUGCUAGUCCAUCCCUCUCUCUGGCAUGAGGUGAAGAAAAUAGCCCGGCUAGUCACCCGUAUCAAUGGGAAAGUAAAGCAGAAUUGCCACCUAGACACGGACAUGAUCUGUGAGCCUGCAAGAGUCCUUAGUUGGAUGUCACAAGGCACUACUAUCCCCGCAUAUACUGCUGUGAUGACAGGCACUCCUGCCGGCGUGGGUGCAUUUCAGAGUCCGCGAGAGUUCCUCAAAGACAACGACGUUGUGGAAGUGGAAGUUACCGGCCUCGGAACGCUGAGAAAUGUAAUCAGGUUCGGAGAGGGCCAGGAUUCAAUGCGGUGA